GCCCUCGCCUCUGCUCGCUCUGUCCGACGCUUGUGCUCAAGAUGGUCAGUCAUGUCUCGCCCAGAUGGUCCGAGACAGCCUGAUGAGUGCGAACAGGCAAGCAUACCGACUUGUUUGCGGCUCAAACACCGCAGAGGUUCGCUCAUCUCAUUUGUGUCAAGCAUCAGCUCACGCCGCUCUAUCGCACAGUCACCGUCAUCCUACCCGUCAGACCGAGCAUGACGACGACAGAGCUCAAGAAGCUCCUCCUGACCGCCUUGUCGUCUCGCAGCGCGCAGACGUCCUCGGUCAAAGCGCCAGAUAUGACGGAUGAGGACGAGGUGAUCGCGCUUGACGAGCCAGAGAUGGACUACGCUCGGCUGAAGCCCGAUGAGCUUGGCCUGUUCCGGUUGGUGGUCAGUUCGAGGGAUGCAAGACGGCAAGAGUGGGAUCGCCUGUCCGACGGGUCAAGGUUGAGCGAUCACGGACUCGAAGAGGGAGCAAUCCUCGGCAUCGGGUUCCAGCACAAAGGUGUGAUGCAAGAGCCGAGCGUAGUGUGGCCUGAGGAUGCCGAGGAAAGCUAACGACGGGACGGGUGGCGAGGCUACGCUCGAGGUUACAAGAGACACCGAAGGAU